ACUUAAAAACACUUCUUAAUAGAGAGAGAAAAUUUUAGAGAGAGAAAAUGUGUCCUGUUGAGGGAAACCAGAAAUCUAAUCAUACUAAUGGCAAUGGUGUUACAACCAAUGGUAAUUGCAGUGGCGGCGGCAACAACGACGUUUUCAUUAGCGUCGACCGAGGUGAUCCAAAGAUGUACUACACAUUUUGGAAGAAUGUGGACGAUAAGUGCACGGUGACAAUUAAGGCGUCGGAGCUUAUGAGUUACUUUGCCGAUCUUGACCAGGGCGGCGUCUUCUACCAGCUGCCGGAGUUCAGCGCCGCCGUGCACCAGGUGCACCGCGUGGUGGGGAACGCCGUGACUGAAGGACGGUAUAUCAUCGGAGGAACAGGAUCAUCUCAAUUGUUCACCGUUGCCCUUCGUGCCUUGGCCUCAACCGUGAACAACACUAACACAGAUAAUAAUCUUAAGAAGAAAAGGCAAAUACCAGUUGUUUGUGCUGAGCCCUUUUACUCGUGCUACCAAGAAGCAUUAGAGGAAGAGAAAUCGGAGAUAUACAAAUGGCAAGGGGAUGCCAAAACCUUCGACGAGGAAGGCCCUUACGUUGAGGUGGUGACAACACCGAACAACCCCGACGGUAGCAUCCGCGAGCCGGUGGUGAAGAAGGAAGGUGGGUUGGUGAUAUGUGACCUUGCUUACUAUUGGCCUCAAUACACACCCAUCACUACCCCUGCUGAUUAUGAUGUUAUGUUGUUCACCUUAUCUAAGGCUACUGGCCAUGCUGGUUCUCGUGUUGGAUGGGCGAUUGUGAAGGACAAAGAAAUUGCAAUGAGGAUGAUAAAGCUAAUGUCAUUAAUCACCAUAGGAACUUGUCAUGAAGGGCAACUUCGAGCAACAAAGAUACUCGAGUUUGUUGCUGAUAGCUAUGCGCCCCUUGAGAAUGGUAAACUCAAUUCCAAUGGUAAUGCUCAUGUGGUUGAACAACCCUCAGAGAAGUUCUUCGAAUUCAGCCACCGUGUGUUGGCUGAUCGAUGGAAGAGGCUAAGAGCUGUCGUCAAGCGUUGUGGUGUCUUCAACCUGCCUGAGUACUCCCCUGAGUAUUGCAAUUUCAUGAACAAGAACAUUCAUCCCAAUCCAGCAUAUGCAUGGAUGGAGCUUAAGAAUGGGGAAGAUGCGGAAAAACUGAUGAAUGAGCUGAAGAUCCAAACAAGGGGAGGACCGAGAUUUGGAGUGUCUUCAAAGUACACUAGGGUUAGCAUGAUGGAGUGUGAUGACACCUUCAACCAGCUCUUGGACAGGCUCUCUACUCUCGAGUCUUGAGUAGACAAGUAAUAUUAUACCAUAUAUAAAUAAAGCGAACUUAAGAUUUAAAAAAAGAAAAAAGUAUAGGAAAUGUUUACAAUGACUACAGUUUGUUUUGUAGGCAUGAGAUUAAAAAGAUUUGCACUUCUAAAAUAAAGGGUGCAUUUUUUUUUUUUCAUUGGUAAAAGUUUUUGUGAUUGUAGUCAUUGUAAAGUAGUGGUAGAAGUAUGAUCAUCCUGCUAUAGCGGUGAUGUUUGGUUUUGUCAUGGUGGCUUCGUAAGUUCGUAUGGUGCUAUUUGUUGUAAGACUUAAAAGUGUUUUUUGUCUAAGUUUUGUUGUGUUUUUCGAUCA